UUCUCAUUAUACAGCUAUGGCGGCGGCGGCAGAGGACUGGGCAGGAUUGCCUCAUGAUCUCCUUGUUCUGAUUGCAAAGCAUGUUAAAGUGAUGGAAGAUUUCAUCGCUUUCAGUGGUGUUUGUACCUCAUGGCGAACAGCUUCUACUAAGGACAAUUUUGAUAUGCUUUAUCCCCAACUUCCUUUACUAAUGCUUCCUGAUAAAGAUGACGAUUAUCGAGAAUUUUAUUCCCUUUCCAAAGGUAAAGUUUCGCGUAGAUUGUACCUCCCUGAGGCUAAAGGCCGAGAAUGUUUCCCAUCUGAUCAGAUGGGAUGGCUUCUCACCCAAUCAUUAGACGGAAAAGAGGUCAGUUUGUUGAAUCCUUUCUCACGUACCCAAAUUCAACUUCCAAAUCAAUUUGCCUUAAGUGGUUUAGAGGAGGAGGAGGAGGAAGAAGAAGAAGAAAAGGAAUAUCGUUACAUCAGAAACGCUAUUUUAUCUGCCAAUCCAUCGUUUACAUCAGAUUAUGUACUCGUCAUUGCAUAUAACACAGAUGUUAAUCAUUUGGCUUUUUGGCGACCUGGAGAUAUUAAUUGGACUGAAUUUGAAAUUGUUUAUAGAAUCGGUGGAGUCUCCAAUAUGAUUUACUACAAGAGCAGAUUCUAUCUUGUUUCUUGGAGCGCUGAAAUAGGUAUCAUUGAUGUUCAAGACGGUCCUGAACCAUGCGUAGAAUCGCGCUUGAUUUAUCUUAACGAUAAUCGGGACUUGUUUUCACAAGGUGAUGUUCAAUACUAUCUUGUUGAGGUAAAUGAUGCACUAUUACUUGUUGUCCGAUUUGGUAGAAAGCGUCCAAAUAUUGAAGAUGGCCUGGACACUUUUAAAUGUGAAGUAUAUGAAUUAGAUGUAAUAGAAGGUAAGUUGAAAGAGAUUAACGACUUGGGAGAUUCAACUAUUUUUUUGGGUCUCAAUGGAGCAACUUCCAUUGAUUCCACUAAAUUUACCGGAGUUAAGCCUAAUCAUAUAUAUUUUACUGAUGAUUGGUUUGAAGAGAACUACUUUUUGGAAUGUGGCGGUGGAACAGACACAGGGGCUUACAAUCUUGAAGAUGGAAGUAUUGAAUCUUUUUAUCCUGGAUUAUCACUGAGUCGUCCUUGUCCGCCAACUUGGGUUAUACCAUCAUUAUGAUCAUGAGGAGUUAUGGUGUUCUAUAUAUUCAGUAUGGUCCAAUUUGUGAAACAAGCGAAACUACUUUCAGCUAGUCAGGAAAUUUAGUAUUUUUGGUACAUUACUCAUCAGUUACUGCCUACAGUAUUCGCCAUCACCGCGCAAAGCAUUGUGUACCUCGAAACGUAAAAGGAAGUAUGCAGCAUCGUUAGACUUCAAAACUGAAGUAAGAUGAAUUCCUCAUUAGGUGUUUUGCUGGAUUUUAUAGUGAACUUAGUGGCCAUAGCUGAAAUUAACUGCUGACUGUUUUGUCUACUUAGAAUGUUUUAUAUAGUAGAAAAAUAGACUGGAACGUUUAGGAACUUCAAGUUGUAGAAAAGUUCAGAGAUAGUGGAUUCCAGUACAUGACUACGAUUAGCCAGGAAAUAUUAUUCCAUUUAUUUGUGGUCAAACGAAUCCUUACAGUAUACUUGAUGAAUUGUAUCUAAGUUGCAUGGACUAUUACACUUUCAAUGCAA